UCCCGCGCCCGCCAUGGAGUCCGCCGGCCUCUUCCCUCCCUUCCCCGCCGCCUCCCUCCCCGCGCGGCCCGCGCCCGCCCCGGCGCCCCCGCCCCGCGCGGCCGAGACCACCCGCAUCAUCACCGACCCGAUCUCCGGCCGCUCCUACUGCAAGGGCCGCCUGCUGGGAAAGGGUGGGUUUGCACGAUGCUACGAAAUGACAGACCUCUCCAGCAACAAAACCUAUGCCGUGAAGGUCAUUCCUCACAGCCGGGUGGCUAAACCUCACCAGCGGGAGAAGAUCACCAAUGAGAUCGAACUACAUCGGGACUUGCACCAUAAGCACAUCGUCAAGUUCUCCCACUACUUUGAGGACUCGGAGAACAUCUACAUCUUUCUGGAGCACUGCAGCAGGAAGUCCCUGGCCCACAUCUGGAAGGCCCGCCAUACUCUGCUGGAGCCCGAAGUGCGCUAUUACCUCAAACAGAUCAUCUCAGGCUUGAAAUACCUUCACCUCAAGGGCAUCCUGCACAGAGACCUCAAACUUGGCAACUUCUUCAUCAAUGAAAACAUGGAGCUGAAAGUGGGGGACUUUGGGCUGGCUGCCUGCCAGGAUGUCUCUGACCAGAAGAAAAAGACAAUAUGUGGGACCCCCAACUACUUGGCUCCAGAAGUGCUGCUGAGGCAGGGCCAUGGGCCGGAGUCGGAUGUGUGGUCUCUGGGCUGUGUCAUGUACACCCUGCUGUGUGGGAACCCUCCCUUUGAGACCUCUGACCUCAAGGAGACCUACAGGUGUAUCAAGCAGGCGGAAUACACCCUCCCUGUCUUCCUCUCCCUGCCCGCCAAGCACCUCAUCGCUGGCAUCCUCAGACGGAACCCCCAGGACCGCCUCACCCUUGAGGAGAUUUUGGACCAUGAGUUCUUCAAGGGCUACACGCCUGAGAAGCUCCCUCCCAGCAGCUGUGUGAUGGCUCCGGAGCUGAGUCCCCCAAAUCCUGCAAAGACUCUGUUUGCUAAAGUCACCAAGACACUCUUUGGGAAGAAGAAACCCAAGGCCAAGAAGGGUUCUUCGGAGGACAGGGAUGACAUCUCCAAGCUGGUUACUGGGCUGAUGAAGACCUCAAUCUGUCGGCAGAUGAGCUAUAAAACUGUGGAAGGGAAUGAGGCCACUCCUGUGUCGUGCCGCAGUGCCAGCUCCAGCCCCGUGGAGACGGUGGUGGAGGAGACGUCCCACAAGUCUGCGUCCCCCUCCAUCCGGGGAACGAUGGCCAGCAGCUGUGAAGCCUUUGAAGAUUGUGUCACUGCCUCUGCCAUCAUCGAGUCGGCUGUCCGGCUCCUGCGGGCCUGCCUCUCCUCCAUGCCUCCAGCGGAGAAAAACCCAGCUUCCCUGGCCCGCCAUGAGCACUUUGUCUGGGUGAGCAAGUGGGUGGAUUAUUCCAACAAGUAUGGCUUUGGCUACCAGCUCUCCAACCGCAGCAUUGGGGUCCUCUUCAACAAUGGCACGCACAUGACGCUUUCCCCUAACCGCAGGACUGUGCAUUACAACCCGACCAACAGCAAACACCUGGUGUUCUCUGUGUCUGCCAUCCCCGAGCAGCUGCAGGGACAGAUGAGUGUCUUGCGCUACUUUGCGUCCUACAUGGAGCAGCACCUCAUGAAGGGAGGUGACCUGCCCAGCAUAGAUGACCUCGGGCAGCCAGCCCUGCUCCUCCUGCAGUGGGUGAAGACUGACCAAGCCUUGCUUAUGCUCUUCAGCAAUGGCACCCUCCAGGUGAAUUUCUACAAUGACCACACCAAGGUGAUCAUUAGCAAGCCUGACCACUCCUGCCUUGUCACCUACAUCAACCGGGAGCGCAACUCGUACACUUACAAGCUGUGCAGCAUCCAGGAGCUGGGCUGCUCUCCUGAGCUCCACCACCGCCUCAGAUACAUCCUCAAGCUUCUUCAAGAAUGGGCUGAGGCCUAGCCUGGGACCUUGGGGGACCCUGUCUGAACAUGGAGGUUCCCCCCUGCCCUCCCAUGGGAUGGGAGGUAUGAUGUGGUGCUGGUUACCCCCCUGGGCACUGGAUAUCCCAGUGCUCAGCUGGACUCUGAACUAAGACAUGUGGAUGUGGUUACAGCAGCAGGUCUGGAUAUCCUUGCUGCUCCCUGGCUCUGGGCAAUCGCUGUCUUCCCACUGCCAGCUCCUGCUCUGGUGGUGCUGGUCUUGAUGGAAUGGGCUGGGGUGUUACAGGGAGGCGCUGCUGGCUGAAUGUCCUGCAGGUGCCUGUGGUGGAGGCUCAGCCUGCCCUGCCCCAGGUGAUGCAUCGGUUGCACAGACCCUCUGCAUGGCCUGGAGAUGGCUGGCACAGCCUUGAUCUCAAACUUUGGGUGCUGUGGGAUAGGAAAACCCCUUCCCAGGAGUGGGCAGGGGUGAAGGGUGCUGCCUGCCCUGCCAAGGGGCUCUGUGAGCUGGUGUGUGCCACUCCACAACUGUUACACUAAGGAGAGAGCUGUGCUGGGCCUAACUGUGCCCUGUCUCUUCCCAAAUUGUGAAUUGUCUGGUACAACUUGAGGUUUGAUAAAGGGUGGGGGAUGGGAUCUGAGGACUUGCCUGGUGAAGCCCUCAUUUUGUUGGGACCCAGGGUUGUUUCUUAUUUCAAGGCAGUCUCUGCCAUGUGGGAUUAUUUAUGUAUCUUAUUUAUAUGGAAUUAUUUAUUUUCCUGAUGGUCUGUCCAUGUGCAGUUCCCUUCUCCUUGACUCGCCUCAAUAAAAACUUAUUUGUGUAAGGGCAAA